AUGGAUAAAUUCACUCAAAUACUUCAAGCAAGUUUAGGAAAUAUACAACCUGAUCCCGAGAAGAAAUAUGGGAUAGAACGAUUAAAGGCAUUGGGAGCUACAAACUUUGAAGGAACAAAGGAUCCUGCAGAUGCAAAAGUUUUGAUGAAUCAAGUAGAAAAAUGUUUCGGGGUAAUGAGAUGCCCUGAAAACAUAAAAUUAAGUCUUGCAACAUUCUUACUACAAAAACAGGCAGAAGAUUGGUGGAAACUACUGAAGAAUAGAAGAGGAGACCAAGAAGAAGUGUGUUGGGAAGAAUUUCGAAAAGCAUUUUUCGAAAGAUUCUAUCCUAGAUCAUUCAGAGAUAUGAAACAAGAUAAGUUUCUACAACUCAUGCAGGGAAACAUGACUGUAGCGGAAUAUAAAUUAAAGUAUACAACGCUAUCCAAGUAUGCUUUAAACAUAAUUGUGGAUGAAAAGGAACGCUGUCGGAGUUUUGAAUCAGGAUUAAGAUAA